UCCUUCCAUCUUAACUAGAAAAAAAGGAAACAAUUCAACCAUAACAUACUUUUUCUAAUGCACUGGAAUGAAUCUUCCACAGAGUACAACUUCAUAAUCACAGUCUUUGUUCUCUUGUCCAACUCAACGCCAGAAAAUGCUCCCUUGAACUCCCACAUUCAAAACCAAUCAGUUUUCAGAAUAUUCAUGUGCUAAAGUCUACUACAGUCAACCUACUAGCUAGCAAUUUGAACAAUUCACAUGAAGUGUUGGACACAAACAUCAUUGUUGUCAUUCUACAUUGAAAAAAAUAACAUUCGCCUGCCAAAAUGCGCAACAUUCAGAUUGAAACGAAGCAAAACGGUGAUGUGAAGUACUCGUAUGAGUCAUAUCCUCAAUCUCCUUUCUCAGCUUAUCAAGCUCCAAACGAUGGUAACACUACCAACGAGCAAGAAUCAACAACGCCGUCAUCUCUCAGCAGAAUCAGUCCACUCAUUUUACUGGUCAUAAUUAUUCUAGCAGUUAUCUUCUUCGUGUAUGGACUUGUCCAUUUGGUUCUAUGGUUUUUCAUGAAAACACCAACCUCUUCAUCAAUCUACAACUCCAACAGGUUCCACGAAUCCAUGCGCUCACGUGUUCUUCAGAGGCAGCUUCAACAACUCUUCCGCUUGCACGAUUCAGGUAUAGACCAAGCCCUCAUAGACGCUCUACCAGUUUUCCAUUACCAAGACUUGCUGGGUUCAAAGGAACCGUUUGAUUGUGCCGUGUGUUUAUGCGAGUUCUCCGAGGACGACAAGCUGAGGUUGCUUCCUAUGUGCACACACGCCUUUCACAUGACCUGUCUUGACACGUGGCUUCUCUCGAAUUCCACGUGUCCUCUUUGCAGGGCGUCUCUCUCGAACUACGUGGAGAAUCAAAAUGAAAAUGAAAAUCCUAUUUUGUUUAAUGUUGGUAUUGGGAAUUCAAAUUCCUUGGUUCUGCCAAGUGGGGUGAGAGGUGAGGAAGAGAACGGGUUUUCAGAGAGUGAAAGAUCAGUUGGGAAAAGGGUGUUUUCUGUGAGGCUUGGAAAAUUCAGAAACAAUGGGAUGGAGUUAGGGAAUGGAGAUAGUUGUAGCUUGAACGAGAGAAGAUGCUACUCCAUGGGUUCAUAUAGGUAUGUGGUUCGUGAUUCCAAUCUGCAAGUGGUUUUAUCUGAAUCUGGUGAUGUUUCAGAAAAUGAGAAUGUGAAGGGAAAGAGGAUAAGCGACUCAACCAAAGGUGAGAGCUUCUCUGUUUCCAAGAUAUGGCUUUGGUCCAAGAACCAUACAUUUCAUGCUUCUAAUGCACCUUUCCCUUAAAACAUGUAUGAAGAAGAAGCUAAUUUUUUAUCAACAGUAUACUGCUUUUAUUUAUGUUUUACAUUAUACCAUUAAUAAAAACCGAUU